AUGGCCAUCGUCGACGGCUUCCUUAAGGUCGAGCAUCGUCCGCGCAAGAGAAGAGAAUGGCCGCAUAUAUCACGGCUACAAGGAUGGCAAGUAUGUAUUGCCUACGGAUCAGGGAUAUGGGCUUUGGACUUUGGUACGUGUCUUCGAGGACGUUCGGAGACCUUCGCUCACAGAGGGAUAGGCGAAGAACACCCAGAGUCGGAAGUAAUAGGCGUGGAUUUGUCUCCCGUGCAGCCCGGUUUGUGCGUGCACCAGCGCGCCCUCGGCGGCUAUGAUACUGACUGCAUCAGUACACCACCCAAUGUCCAUUACGAAAUCGACGACCUGGAAGAGGAGUGGAGCUUCUCCAGAAAUUUCGAUUACAUUCAUUCCAUGAUGAUGACAGGUGCCUUUCGGGACUGGCCCAACUUUUAUCGGCAAGCCUUUGAGAACCUCAAUCCUGGCGGCUGGGUUGAAUGUCAGGACAUCAAUUUUCCGAUGAAAUGUGACGAUGACACUAUUGCUCCACAGUCAGAUCUUGGUCGGUGGAACGAGCUGAUGAUGGAGGCUGGCACUCUCUCGGGUUUCCGACUCGAUCUAUGCGACAGGGCGGCGGAAAUGAUGUCGGCAGCGGGUUUCGUCGACAUUGUUCGAAUACCGUACAAGUGGCCGAUUAAUCAAUGGCCAAAAGAUGUCAGAUAUAAGACAUUGGGCGAGUGGACUGAAGCCAAUUUCGUCUUUGGUCUCGAGUCGAUCAUGCUCGCGCUGUUCACGCGUUUCCUGGGCUGGAAAAAGGAAGAAGUCUGGGAAUUCAUCGCAAGGGUGAUUGCUGAGUGGAGGGACCUCAGGAACCAUGGCUACUUCGAGAUUUAUGUGACGUAUGGCAGGAAACCAUAG